UCUUCGAUAGACUUUUCAUUUUCCUGGACCGCGCAGAUUGUGCACAUACGUACCGUACCAUAGUAGUUUCCGACUUCACUUGUCCAGACUUGUUCAAGCGUUUGACGAUAUGCUGAGACCCCUGCUGCUUUUGUGCUGGGCCGCGACGAUUGUGUCAGCUGGCGGCAAGAAUGUCAUUAUCAAUAAUACAAGUGUUCCUGACAACUCGAUCGGCAACAAUGUAGUUACAAAUUCUGAAUUGCCAUUGAGAACCAGUAACCUACCUGUAUCUCCGAUCGACGAAGAUGCACAUGUGCCAUCUGUUCUACCAGAGUCAAAUAAGUCAGCUACUUUAGGGGUUCCUUCUAAUGAAAAUAUGCCUUCAAAUGAUUCUAUGACUAUUUCACCUACAACAAAGCCAACAAUCACAUCAACAACUGUAACUAAAACUACAACAUCUACAUCUAAGCCAACUACAACAUCUACAUCUCAGCCAACUACAUCUACGUCUGCACCAACUACAACAUCUACACCUAAACCAACUACAACACCUACACCUAGUACAACCACACCAACACCAGUGCCGACAACACCAUUCCCACCCCCAAGUACUGGAAAAUGGAAAGUUCAGCAGGGCAAUAAGUCGUGUAUUAUAGUCCAAAUGGCUGCGCAAUUCAAUGUUUCUUAUACCAAUGCCACUAUGUCAUUCCACAAAGUAAUGGAUAUACCCAGUAACAGUAAUGUGACAGGAAAUUGUGGUGAAUCUGAGCAAAAUGUGACAUUAUCAUGGGGAUCGCAGGAUAAUUCUACACUAACAGUUCAAAAUAAUUUCACAUUACAUUUUGUAAAGAACGAGACGAAUAAACUAUAUUCUCUUCAUCACUUAGAAAUCUCUUUGGCAGCGGAAAAAACCCCGACUGAUAAGUCAAAUAAAACAGUGACACUGAUACAUAUGGCACCACAAUUCAGCACUGGAUUGAGCAACUCUUAUAGAUGCCUGAAGGAACAGUCGCUGAACUUAAAUUUCAAAGGUGGAAACGAUACUGUAGGAGAACUCAAAGUAUCCAAUUUGCAGUUCCAAGCUUUUAGAAAUGAUGACACCACUAUUUUUGGCUUAGCCAAGGACUGUUCGUUCGACACGCCCGACAUCGUCCCUAUAACAGUGGGUUGUGCAUUGGCGGGUUUAGUGGUAGUCGUACUGAUCGCAUACCUUGUCGGCCGCAGACGAAGUCAGUCCCGCGGUUAUCUUAGUAUGUAAGCCGAGUUUCGUGAGGUUUCUCUUUUUUUUCUUUUUUUUUAAUUGUUAAAUUCAUUUUUUUAUGCAAUUUUCCAUUAAUGGAAUCAAUUGUCUUAUUGAAAAUUUAUGUAGUUGUACUUUUUGUGUUCUAUAGCCACGAAGGCUUUGACACGAUUAAGAAAAGAAAAAGUAUAGUUUAUAUGUUUAUAAAGUUAUCUCGUCUAUUUGCGGGAAAGGAAGGGCUAUAUUAAAAAAGGGGGAAAAAAUGCGUUAUCGAUAUGUAUCGCAAAGCGGUUUGAAUCGAUAUUCGAGAGUGAGUGAUAAUUCCGAAGCAAUGUGCUCUGUUCCAAAAGGACGAUAUACUCUACGAUAGGAAUGAAUUAAUAUAGAUAAGUCGUAUGAGAUCUGCAUUAUAUCUUGCGCUGCUAUUACAUUUUUUAUUAGCAGAGAGAGAAAGCGACGAUUGUUUGAUUUUCCAUAAACAUUUUAUAACAUGGAAUGAGAAUAAGAAAGAAAUUCGUUUUGAUCGACACAUAUGACAUUAAAACGUAGAAAUUCGCGCUGGGUCAAUAGCUUCACACAAUAUACAUUAUAACACGAAGCUUUCCUUACAUAUAUAUUUUUUUUCUUUUUUUUUUUUUUUUUAAGAAUAAUUAUUUUCCUGACUCUUUAAUUUUACUAUAAUGCGAUAUGCCUUUAUACGUCGCACUUUAUAUAUACAUCGAUAUUUCUGUGUUUUCGUUACGUUCGUACUCGAAUUCUUUUUAUUAAAUGUACUGCGAAAUAAUAGCUGUUGUUUAUAUAGCCCUAAGUAUGCGUGCGUGAGCGUACCAGGAAUAGUAUGAAGGAGCACGCGCUUCCACUAAAUCGAUUGAAUGUUAAAGUUUGUGCUUCACUUAAUUUAAAAUAAACACGCGAACAAUGCAAUCUUCUAGAUAUAAAAAAUCAUUAGCUAACGUUAAAAAAAUAAAAUGUAAUCUCAAAAUGAUAGCUCAACUCCCUAUAUAUAUUUAGGCAAAUUUUAUAGAAACUUUGUUUCCUGGAUAAAUUAUUCUAUUUAAUGUAAAUGAUAGUCUUAAAAGAAAAUAAAUAUGUGCUAUACUGCUUAUAUGAUAGAGAAGCACUGAUUUUAACGACAGAUUUAAUGGAAAGUACUGUAUUUUUACAACCAUUGUUGCUUUUGAAAAGUUUUAUCUAAAAGAUAAUGUGAGGAUAUAAAGGGAGAUCUCUAAUGUUUGUACAAAAAGAAAAAAAACAUGGAAUUUUAGAGUUUAACAGGAAUUCUGCGUGUGUAUCGUGCUGCUUCAUAACUACUCUAUUGUGGCAAGACUGAAUGUGAAAGCAAAUAGUGAAGCAAAAGUGGAAAGAGGGCAAAAAGAGUUAAAUAAAACGUAUAAACAUAAUUGAAUAAAGCACUGUACAUAUAAAACAAAGUAGUAAUACUACUUUUGGAUUAUAUAAGUACAUUUAUUGCGACUAGGCAAAAUCGACAUUCUAAACAAUAAAAAAUGGAAUAUUUCCAAAAUA